AUGAAUAAUCAAGAAGAAUUCGUUACCUAUGAAAAUGAAAUGGAAGAUGAUGAUGAUGAUGAUGAUGAUGAUGACGUUUGUGACGAAACAGAAGAGGAAGAUAUUUUAGUCUACGUUGAAUUUGAAGGUCCAUCAGAAUCUAAUAUCUUUUGCAAUGAAAAACUCCAAUUAGAUAUGAUUGCUCUAAAAUUAUGGACGGAAAAAAGAAACGAUCGGAUGAACGCAUUGGACGAGUUCAUAGAAAAGCAAAAACAACGUGAAGAAAAACGACGACAAGGUAUUGAAUUAAACUCUGAAUCUGACGAUGAUAUGCCAUAUGCAUUUAACAUUGAUAAUCCAAACGAUCCUCCAAUUGACCUAACCACUAUUGCAAAUGAUAAAAAUACCAAGCCUAAUUAUAAAAGUAAAUACAGAGAGAUCAACCAAGAGCUGACGGUGAUUGACCCAGGACCAUCAACAUCCAAAGACAGCGUUCCUUGGGUUAAUCCUAAACUAGAAGCUAACUCGGACUCUGAUGAUGAAUCACUCUCGCGUGAUGAAGGUGAAGGUGAAGGUGUACCAACAAGAGAACCUGAGCAAAGUACCAACGAGAGUAAUGAAGAUAAUAUUGACGAAAGCGAGGCUGCUGAAAUUUUAAAUCGUGACCCAGAUGAUAUUGUGGCUAGUUGUUUACUGGCUAGUGACGAAACAUCGAUGGAUCAAGACACCUCCCUUAAUGAUAAUGAUAAUGAUAAAAAUGGUGAUAAUGAAAACGAUGAUACUGACAUGAAUGAAGAGGAGAUAACCAAUUCCGAAUCAUCGGAUAAAUUAGAGGAUACUAUUGAAGAUAAAAAAGCAGAGAAGGAGAAGAAACGUGAGGCUAAGAUGAAAGAAAUCACAGAUAGGCUGAAGAAAAAAGCCAGAGAUGAAAAAACAAUUUCUGAGAUGUAA